AUGGAUCUAAUAACGCUGCAUUACAAGCCGCCACCUUAUGGUUCCAUCAGCCAUUACUGCAAUAUUGUGGCGCUGCAGUGUCAGAGUUCACCGGUCAUUUGGCAGCCCGGCGAGGCCGCUCCGUCUGUGUCAACAUCUUGUGGAAAUGACACAGCGGACCUACCGCUCAUCACAAAUGAGGCCCAGAGGGGCCGAUGGGAGCUGAGCGAGUGGGUUUGUCGUCGCACAGAGGUUGAGAGGUGGAGCGCUGAUCCUCUGUAG